AUGGCCAACAUAUCCAGGGUAUUUAAGAAGACCUGCUCCAAUGGCAAGCUCUCCAUCUACCUGGGGAAACGGGACUUCGUGGACCAUGUGGACAUGGUGGAACCCAUUGUGUUUGUCAUGUUGACGUGUGCCUUUCGCUAUGGCCAUGAUGACUUGGAUGUGAUUGGUCUGACGUUCCGCAAAGAUCUGUAUGUACAGGUCCAGCAAGUGGUCCCAGCUGAGCACAGCAGCCCCCAGGGGCCCCUCACAGUCCUGCAGGAGCGACUGCUGCACAAGCUGGGGGCCAAUGCCUACCCUUUUACCCUGCAGAUGGUUGUCAACCUGCCCUGUUCGGUGACACUGCAGCCAGGUCCUGAUGAUACAGGGAAGGCCUGUGGUGUUGACUUUGAAGUGAAGAGUUUCUGUGCUGAAAACCUGGAGGAGAAAGUCUCCAAGAGAGACUCUGUGCGGCUGGUGAUUCGGAAAAUCCAGUUUGCACCCCUGGAGCCAGGCCCUGGUCCCUGGGCCCAGACUGUUCGCCGCUUCCUUCUGUCAGCUCAGCUCCUACAACUCCAGGCCUGGAUGGACAGGGAGGUUCACUACCACGGCAAAUCCAUCACUGUCAACGUUUCCAUCAACAACUGCACCAACAAGGUCAUCAAAAAGAUUAAGAUUUCAGUUGACCAGAUCACAGAUGUCAUCCUGUAUUCACUAGACAAGUACACCAAGACUGUGUUCGUUCAGGAGUUCAUGGAGACUAUAGCUGCUAACUCCACCUUCUCCAAGAGCUUUGCAGUAACCCCACUCCUGGCUGCCAACUGUCAGAAACAGGGCCUGGCACUGGAUGGCAAAUUCAAGCAUGGUGAUACCAAUCUGGCCUCUAGCACGAUUCUUCGACCAGGAAUGGACAAGGAACUGCUGGGGAUCCUGGUGUCCUACAAAGUCAGAGUCAACCUGAUGGUGUCCUGUGGAGGCAUCCUAGGUGACCUGACAGCCAGUGAUGUUGGCGUGGAGCUGCCCUUGAUCCUGAUGCAUCCAAAGCCAUCGAACGAGGCUGCUAGCUCUGAGGACAUAGUCAUCGAGGAGUUCGCUCAGCAGCAGCCCGGCAGAGAGGAGAGCCAGGAGGCUUUGGCGGCUGAGGGGGAUGAGGGCACCUGAGUGCCUGGCUCGGGUGCCUCUGUGUGGAAGCCCCACUGUAACACUCUAAUAAAUCAGCUUGUCCAGAUGUG